AGAGAGGGAACCGUGUCCGGCGGCGGCGACUCGCCGCGAUGGAGUAGUGGAUCGCAGUUUGGCGCAUAAACGUGCAACGCUCGUCGGUUUCGUUCUUAGUUUAAAACGAGUCGCCGUCAAUUAAACACACAUACACCUAUUAUUCGAUACGUUUACGAUUGUUGUGAUAUUGUAAUAAUAAAUUAAAUACACGCACCGCGUGCCAAUCAAAGUCGUCCGCCGCUCGACGAGUGUCGUUUUAAUACAUUUUUUUUUUUCUAAACAGUUUAUUCGUUUUUGGAAUUUUUUUUCGUCGGUUUUUUUUUUGUCUCGAGACUUCUGUUUCUUUCUCACCCUCCCCGAGUCGCCGCGCUAUCAGAGUGCGCGUUUUUUGUUAUCCGCGGCCCGCCCGCCCGAUCCGGACGUACCAGCUCGUUUUUGCACAGUGCAAGAGAAAAUAAUAUGGUCUCCGCGCCACUAAGAUGAUACCGGCGUACAAACCGUCGGGAGACAGUUUCGUCGAAUACAUAUUCGUGCUCAACCACUCGAAAACCUGAGCCCGCGCCAGUGCGCUCCCGUUGCACCCUCGGACGGUUCUGUAUAAUAUAACAUUAUACCGCGACCGGACGUUACACCAUUCAGUCCCGCUCGGUUAAUUGCCGACGUCGCAGCCGCAACCGCAGCCGGAGGUCCUCCGGGCCACCGCCUGACAGACGCCGCAACGUCACCGCAAACGGGCAGAAUCGCCCGCUCAGUGGACGCCGCCUCAGCCACGGCCGUUGUUUCUCGUAACACAAUGUCGAAAUACAGUGUGAUGGGCUACGAACCCGCACUAGUGCUGGUGGCCACGUUGAUGGCGAUAAUGGCCGUGUCCGUGGUCGCCGUGCCAGCCGCUCACCACCUGCACCACCACUCAGGCGGCCACCACCGGAUGAUGUCAAGCGGCGGCGCGGCCGGGUCGUCGUCGCCGUCGUUGUCGGGCAUCGAUCACCCGCUCAGCAAGCGGUCGUUCUUCGACAUCCAAUGCAAGGGCGUGUACGACAAGACGAUAUUCGCCCGGCUGGACAGGGUGUGCGAAGACUGUUACAACCUGUUCCGGGAACCACAGCUCCACUCACUGUGCAGGAAAAAUUGCUUCACGACAGAUUUUUUCAAAGGAUGUCUGGACGUGCUCCUGCUUGAGGACGAAGUGGAAAAGAUACAGAAGUGGAUUAAACAGUUGCACGGGGCUGAUCCUGUCGGGGUUAGGGCUUAGAUCUACAUGCUUUAACACGGUAUACUUUAAGGCUUGUUUGGAGUCUCUUCAAAUGUUAACGAAGGAGACUCAAUACAACCAGAUGGUCGAGUUUUUGGGGAAGAAAUAAAAUAUAUAAUAAUACAAUACAGUAUAUGUACUCCCCUACAUAUAUUUUAUUUAUUUUUGGUUAUUUAUUUAUAAACCAGACAUUGGCCGUCAAAAAACCUAUUCUAGUCUAUUCAGAGAAAGCAACAGCAUUACAUACAAAAUAAUAUCGAAGAAAUAUGUUUACUUUCCCUAGAUGAAUUUUUCUAAUUUAUUAAAUAGAUCAUAAGAUUUUGUUUUUAAUUUUUGUUUAUAAAACUUAUUUAAUUGUUUGUUUUUAAUUUCUAAGAGUUGUAUUAUAAAUUAUAUUAUUAUAUAUAAACGAAAACAAUUUUAAUAACUUUUAAUAAGAACUGUGUAAUAUUUUUUAUUUUAUAUAAAAAGAAAAAACUGUUAUUUUUUUUUUUGUAUUUAUUUAAUUUAAAAAUGAAAUAUAAGAUGACAACUCUGAUGACUUUA